AUGGCAACUGCUGCUCAACAUACUUCUAAAUUUGCUAGAUUCUUAAAUUCCGAGACUGGUCCAAAGACUGUACAUUUUUGGGCACCAGUAUUGAAAUGGUCAUUAGUUAUUGCUGGAUUUAAUGAUUUACAAAGACCAGUUGAAAAAUUAAGUGGUACUCAACAAUUGGCAUUAUUUGCUACUGGAGCUAUAUGGACUAGAUGGGCCGGAUUUGUAAUUAAACCUAGAAAUCCUUUAUUAGCUAGUGUAAAUUUCUUCUUAGGAGGUGUUGCAGGUUAUCAAAUAUUUAGAAUUGUAAGUUUUAGAAAGGAAAAAGGUGAUAAUAAUCUUCAAGUAUUUAAUUAUUUAUUACAUGGUGAAGAG